UUUUAAAGAAUGGCCCUGUGCGUAGGAUGACGUGUGCUAAAGCACAAGUGAGGGAAAUUGACUUCAAGUGUAUGUUGAAUGAUUUGUUUGACAUUGCGUGUCAGUCAAAAGUGGAUGCAAUGAAAAAUGGAACUGCAAAAAUGCUGUUGGCUCUACACCGAGAACCGGGGAGAAAGGGUUAUUUGGACCAAAUCAUCGAUACAACAGAUUGGAUUCCUCCGCUUAAACACGGAUAUGAAAAAUCGCAGCCUCAAGAAGAAGUGAAACCGAACAGAAUUCUCGCCAAUUGUAGUAAUUAUCAGUGGGAUGAAGAGGAAGAUCUUGACGAACUAUCGAAGCAGUUUGAAGAUGACGAGCAAGAUGACAGCGAUUUUGAGUGUAAUGCAGAUCCCCCCAAACCAAAAAAACGCCUGAUUAUGACUCCAGACCUUACGGCCGCUUUGGAUCGAGCUAAAAUCAGCGAUCGUAUGGCGGCACGUGUGAUCGCUGCUCUUCUCAUAUCGGUUGGUUUUACUGUGGACGAUUUCUAUUUGAGCCGAGAAACAAUCCGCCGUAACAGGGGUAAACAACGUAAGGCUCUGAGUAAUACUAUCAAAGAUAACUCAAAAAACGGAUCUUUCACUACGGUUCAUUGGGACGGCAAGCAAUUAGCAGCACUGGGGAACAAAUACGAGAAGAUCGAACGACUCCCUGUUCUUAUAUCAGGCAUUGACGGAGAUGAAUUACUCGGGGUUCCAAAGCUCGAGAGUGGAACUGGUGAAGAGCAGGCAAAUGCCAUUUUCAAGUGUUUGGACGAAAGGGGAUUUCUUGAUGUUAUAUGUGCCAUGGUUUUCGAUACCACGGCUAGCAAUACUGGCAGUUCAAAUGGUGCAUGUGUCCUACUGGAGAAAUUAUUGGGAAGAAGUCUAUUAUAUCUUGCUUGUCGGCAUCACGUGUUUGAGCUUCUGCUGAAAGCUGCCUUUGAUGUCUCUAUGGGCCCUACCUCUGGUCCAGAUAUUUGUAUUUUCAAACGAUUUCAAGGACAGUGGCAGUACUUGGAGAAGGGAAAAUUUUCGCCAGGAGUUCAAGAUGAAGAAAUUCAAGCCGCAGUCAAGGAUGAUGCGAAAGAUGCCCUCACAUUUGCGUAUUCGCAGCUGAAGAUUGCGAGCAUUCGAAAAGACUACCAAGAGUUUGUAGAGCUGGUGAUCAUGUUCCUAGGCGGGAAUCUUCCAGAUGGCAAUCGGUUUCGAGCUCUAGGCCCCAUUCAUCAUGCUAGGUGGAUGGCGAAAGCAAUUUACUCACUUAAAAUUUUUUUGUAUAGAGAUCAAUUUUCCAUGAAAGCGUAUGAAAUAUCAGGUUUGAAGAGUAUUUGUAUUUUUAUUGUUCGUUUCUACCAGAAGAGUUGGUUCACAGCCCCAAAUGCAGUUGAAGCACCGAAAAAUGACCUAGAAUUAUUGAAAAAAUUGGCAGCUGAAAACAACUCUGCAUCUCCAAAAAUGUACAACGCUGUGUUUGGAAAAUUUGUGAACCAUCUCUGGUAUUUAUCAGAAGAAUUGAUCGCUUUCGCCUUUUUUGAUGACUCUUUGGAUUUAGACUGUAAGAGAAGAAUGUGUGAAGCGAUCAAAUCUCGACCUGCCCUUAAAAACGAUAGAAAAAAGCGAAAAUCAGACAUGAAGGAUCAAAACUUCAUCCAAGAGUCAAGUUUAGAUCAAUUCGUAACACAGAACACCAUUCAGUUCUUCAAAAUUUUAAAUAUUGAAUCUAAUUUCUUGGAUAUCGAUCCGAUAAUGUGGGGAGAAAGCGAAGAAUAUGUUAAAGCUUCAAAAAUUGUGAAAUCACUUCUCGUGACGAAUGAUCUAGCCGAAAGAAGUGUGGCUCUGAUCACUGAAUAUAAUGGUUUGCUCACGAAGAAUGAAGAAAGUACACAAGAUGUGAUGCUCAUAGUGAAGAAAUUGAGGAAGUUGACACCGGAUUGCACGAGGGAAACCUUAAAGUUUUCAUUAGAAAAUUAUUUAACCAAGCGGGAGGCAGCAAAUAUGUGACAGCGCGCAUGUCACUGAGUGAUGUCUUAAUGUUUCUUUUGCCAUCAAUAUAUUGAUGGCGAGCUUCCAAAUGGUUUCAUCAGAAUGGAGUUUUUUCUUCCUCGCAUAUCCUUUUCCAUUUCAAAUCGUCCUAAUUUAACAAUAAAUGACUAUAUAAAGAUUUGUGAAUACUCAAAAAAAAAAAUUUAGGUGAAUUACUUUAUCUCAUUAGCUAUUAAAAGAUCGAACCAAAAUUUGGAGAAAAAUGUAACUUAACCAUACCGAAAUUUAACUUUCAACUUCAACUUUCACGUAUAUUGUAGCGCUUAACAAGCGAGGUUCAUUCAAGAAAAAAACCAUCUGGUGCAGCCUAUCUGCAAUGCGAAAUAGUAUAUUAUGCUGUAUUGUAUUAUAUGAUAUUAUUAUAUUAUGUAUUAUAUAUUAGUAAUAAGAGGAAACUCCAUGCUUAAUACCGAAAAAUGGAAAUAUCUCGGGAACUGUAUGAACGGGUAUGCAUAUUUGAAUCAAUUGAUAUAGAAAACGUCG